CGAUUACUGACCAGAAGCACGUUGUAUCCCACAAGCCAGCAAUGAUAAGGACUCAGUGAAAAUGCAGCUACGGUGGCGAACGGGCGCCAGCUGCAUGAGCGUCGCGACGCCGCUUCUUUGGGCGCCUUCUUUAAGGGCCCCAGCUUCGUCCUAGGGAAAUGCAAACACAGGAUGGUGCCGCCGCCCCAAACCGAUGGCUGCGAACCGGAUUUGGCCGCGGUUGGGACAUGGCUAGAAUCAAAUCCCGAAAUUCUGGAACAAUGGUUCCGACACCACGCUUCCACCGAGCUUCGGAAGAAAGCCUUGGACGCAAUCACCUCAGCACCGGUCAACACAAUCAGAACACAGCCAUGUUUAAACUCAAACAACACUAAUCAACUCGAAAUCUGGUAUCCAUCAGGCGCACCAAAGACCAAUGAGCGCACUCUUCAGAAUGUCCGUCCACAGUGCGAUUUGGAGUCCUUGGUCGAGCCCGAACUCUUUAUGGAACUCAUCCGCGAUAUUGCCAAUGAACUCAACAUCGAUGUGCUCUGCCAUAAAAUUUUGAGGAACGUAUCGCUCUUAACCAACGCCGAUCGGGGCUCGUUGUUUCUGACCAAAGGGCUGCCGGAUAAUCGAUUUCUGGUCUCAAAGUUCUUCGAUGUGCGGCACGAUACCAGUUUUGAGGAGGCAAUGAGGCUGUCCAGAACUGAAGAAAUUAAGAUUCCCUUUGGUGUUGGUAUUGCGGGAACCGUGGCGAAGAACAAAGUUAUGAUCAACAUUAAAGAUGCUUACAAGGACCCACGUUUCAAUAGUGAAGUCGAUCUACGCACGGGUUACAAAACGAACAUCAUCCUUUGCAUGCCGAUUUGCAGCUACGAGGGCGACGUUAUUGGGGUGGCUCAAAUUAUUAACAAGACGGACAAUUCACCCGAGUUUUCCAAUCAUGAUGUGGAGGUGUUUCAGCGAUAUCUCACAUUUUGCGGAAUUGGCAUUCAGAAUGCUCAACUCUUCGAAGUGUCUGUGCUCGAAUACAAGCGAAACCAGAUUCUGCUCAAUCUGGCACGUAGUAUAUUCGAGGAACAGAACAAUUUGGAAUGUCUGGUCACGAAAAUAAUGAGAGAGGCCCAGGAUUUACUGAAAUGCGAACGAUGUGCGGUUUACCUUCUGGAUCUUGAUUGCUGCGAAGCGAACCAUCUCCAACGGAUCGUUGAAAGACCGGGAAAAGCAAUUCAGAGAGCUGCGCCCCUAAACAGGAUGGUGAGUGGCUCUAUAACUGGCCAGGAUAUGAUUGACAAUUUUUUCAAGAGGCCCAGCCCUUUUACAACGAUUUUUGAACUGAGAGAGGGAGGCAACAAAACUUUAGUGUCCAGGCCAUCUUCGUUCGACUUGGCAGGCUCAACCUUGGCACAAAUAGCAGGCUAUGCGGCUUCUACUGGCCAAAUCCUCAACAUUGGAGAUGUUGGGGAGUGGCUUUGCGAGAAGUAUAGUGAAGGGGAUGCUGAAUCAGCAAUAACAAUUCUAUGUAUGCCAAUAAUCAACGGCCAAAGAACUCUCAUUGGGGUGGCACAGUUAAUUAAUAAAGAAAACGGCGCCCCUUUCACUGACUGUGAUGUUUCCUUGUUCGAGGCUUUUGCAAUCUUCUGCGGCCUGGGCAUUCACAACACUCAAAUGUAUGAAAAUGCCUGCAAACUGAUGGCAAAACAGAAAGUUGCACUGGAAUGUCUUUCCUAUCAUGCUACUGCCAGUAAUGACGCCACUGCUAAGCUGGUUAAAGAAGAAAUUCCUUCAGCUGAAAGCUUCAACUUGUACAGUUUCACGUUUAUCGAUUUUGAUUUAUCGGAUGACGAAACCUGUAAAGCGACUAUUCGGAUGUUCCUCGAAUGCAAUCUGGUUCAGCAGUUCCAUAUUCCUUACGAGGUUUUAUGCAGAUGGGUGUUGAGUGUAAAGAAAAAUUACCGGCCUGUUAAGUACCACAACUGGAGGCACGCAUUGAAUGUGGCACAAACGAUGUUUGCCAUGUUCAAAACUGGAAAAAUGGAAAGGUUUAUGAACGAUUUGGAAAUGUUGGGUCUAUUAGUAGCCUGUUUAUGUCACGAUCUGGAUCACCGUGGGACUAACAACGCUUUCCAGACAAAAACCGAAUCUCCAUUGGCAAUUUUGUAUUCGACAAGCACAAUGGAACACCAUCAUUUCGACCAAUGCGUGAUGAUUCUUAAUACGGACAGCAAUAAUAUUUUUCAAGCGCUUUCUCCAGAAGAUUACAGAAGGGUGAUGAAACUAGUGGAGACUGCAAUUCUAUCGACCGAUUUGGCAAUGUAUUUUAAGAAAAGGAACAAAUUCCUAGAACUGAUCGAUAAUGGAGAGUUCGACUGGCAAAGUGAUGACAAAAAAGACUUAUUAUCAGGAAUGAUGAUGACUGCAUGCGAUGUUAGUGCAAUAGCGAAACCAUGGGAGGUUCAGCACAGGAUAGCCAAACUAGUUGCUGAUGAAUUCUUCGACCAAGGAGAUUUGGAGAAAAUGCAACUAAAGGAGCAACCAAUCGCAAUGAUGGACCGGGAAAGAAAAGACGAACUACCCCAAAUGCAAGUGGGGUUUAUAGAUGUGAUUUGUUUGCCCCUAUACCGAGUGUUGUCGGAAACCUUUCCCUGGAUGGAGCCCUUGUAUCAAGGAACUUUUGAAAACAGACAACACUGGCAGGAUUUGGCUGAGAAAGUUGAUAUGGGCCUUACAUGGAUUGACCACGACUACAUUGAUAAGCCUAUUGAAGCGUUCACUGAGUCUGAAGAGUCCAAAGGCUUCGAGCUAACCGUACAAACCCUGAAUACUGUUUCGUCACCAGCGGCAGCAGAAAAUAAAAAAAGACACAAGAAACUGUGUUGCAUGUUGUGACCAUCGAUAGUUGAUAGACUAGCUUGUUGGAAAUCUUCAGUUGAUUAUGUUUAAUCGUUGUUAUGAAUGUAAUUAUUGUAAAAAGCGAGGGAAAAUAUCAUAGCAUCAUAGGUUGCCAGGUUUUCCCUUUUCUAGGCAACAUUUUAUUAUUCUGAAUGUAUGAAGCUCUCCGUCCUCCUGUUCCUUCUUUACAAGGCAAUGUCGGAAAAUCACUACUUUUUAAUACUAAACGCGUUUUGGGAAGGAAAAUACACAAAUAAUGCAUUGGAUUAAAUUAAAAAUUACAUGAGAGAUAAGGCUUGAAUAUUUAACAGAGUGGAAGUUUCGUUUGGUGUUUUUUCUGGAAAACAAACUGUUUGAAAUGCUCAUUUACCUCCGUAGCACUCAGUCAGCAUGCACUGGGAAAUGAUUAUUGACGAUAUUUCCGAAAAAUCUUGAAAGACAACUUUUUGUAAAAUAGCUCGUAUUCUACCUAGUGAUAUUUCCGUUAAUAUGCUCCUAGAUUUAAGUAAGAUCAGAUGUAUCAUAUAGCAUUGUCCUGGCAGAUGUAAGAUCCCAUUUUGUACUUUAAAAUUACCUCGUCGAGGCAAAUUGUACUUAAGAAAGGUAGUCGAGGUAUUACAGUUAUUGUUAACUCUAGGUAUGCACUUCUGUUUGCAAAUCUAUUACGUUUCGUUUGAUUAAUUCCAAAACUUGAAAUUAAAUUAGUCCUAGUUAUUGCUUUUUUACCGAUAAUUUACGAUAAUGAAUACUAAUAGAAUAGUGCGCAAAUAUUUCUUUUGUAUAUUAGACAGAGUGUUUGAAAAACAUACGAAAAGUUGACGAUAUUGGGCGAUUAACGAUAACAUGAAAAGAAAAGUUGUAAACUUUAACACACACAAAACCGUCGUUAUCAAGACUAAGUGUUAAAGUUUCACGAUUUCAAUUUUUUUAGAGCCCACAGUUUUGUUUUUUGCUACUUUUUUAGACGCAUUUUCUGGUUUGUCCCCAUAUGAUCAAUCAAAUCGAAUUUUUGCAUAAAAAAUUAAAUCAAUUGUAGAUCCCGUAACGAAUAUUUUCCAUACGAACACUCUGUUUAGAUUUGUCGGAUUUGUAUAAAGUAAUACAUUUGCGUCAAAACUAGUCAUACAAACGAAAGUAAUCUUAAUCAAAAGGAAAGCAAUAUUUAAAUCUGCAUUAUUAAAAAAAUUAGUGACUAACAGUGUACUGGUAGCAACCUUUAAGUAUUUUACAUUCCAAAUAGACCUCUAGAGAAGCCAUUAGUUAUACGCUAAUGUUUACAACGCAGCUCAGAUUGAAGUUUGGUUUUUGUGAGAUAAACCCGAUCUGAAAAUCAGCAAUCAUUUUUUCAACAAACUCUUCCAAACUAUCGUUUUUUAAAUUUGAAUCCGUACUAUUUCCAAUAUGAACAUUAUCCAUGUUUUCAAAUUUGAAACUACACAAUAUCGGGUUAAUCUGGUAGUUCAUAGAAUAAAUAUAUUGAUAUUAAAACGUCUAUCUCUGUUACAGUUGCUUUUGUAUUAACUAUUGAAGUAGAGAGAGUCUUGAUAUUUUUUUAUUCUAAAUAAACUUCAAUUAAGUAUAUAAAUUGAA